AUGAAUGAGAAGACGGUCACCGAAUGGUGGAAACCGGUGCGAAAGGUCAAAAGUCUUGGUGCAAAUAACUAUUUUCGUUCCAAACACAAAAGGACUGCCAUAAGAUCAUAUACCCUGAUGGGCUGGGCCUCGACUAGGGAAAUGGGCUGCUCUAUCGCUAAGUGUGGCGAGGACUGGGUGGAAGCGUGCCGUUAUUAUCCGCCCGGGAACAAAGUUAACACUAAGAUGUACGAAACUGGCACGCCAUGCUCUGGAUGUAAUAAACUUGAGCCAUGCGAUACUGGUCUAGGAUUGUGUGGAUCAGAAGAGUGAUUGUGUUCGGUGAUCAAUCUGAGGGCCUAGUUGGGUUUUUAGGCAUUCUUUUCUAUAAUUCUUUUCUAAAAUAAAUCUUAUACGGC